UGUCAGUAGGUCAGAUAUUCAGGCUGUGACGGGAUCCCGGCAUAGUUAUUAUUUUACAAGUACCUCCGUAACGUCCGGCCAUACAAGAUGUACUAGUUUUCUGAGCAUGCGUUUUCUUGAGAGGGUAUAUAUGGGUUACCGGCAAACACUCAUACAAGUUGAAGAACCGAUUCACAAUAGAAUCGCCCGAAUACGACUUAAACCAUUAUCUAACAGAGCUGGGGAUUAUAACAUUAUUAUUAUGGAUUGUUUACGUGUUCCAAUAAUUAUACUGAGCUUAAUAUGUACAGGCAGCCUUCUUCUGACACAAGCAGACGAGAUGUUGUCUAACCAAAUGGGCCUGCGCAUAACGAGUCUCGGAGCUACAGAAACGAUAAGAUGUCUUAAAGAAAAUCAAGGCAAUAAUUUGGUGGUUUGGAGUCACAAAGGAGAGCAUGUUAGCAUCAAUGGUAUUAUAUUUACUACUAAUCAAGAUCAUCGGAACAGAUAUAGCGUCAAGGGGGACAGUGAGAGUGGACAUUACAAUCUACAAAUACAAAAUAUAAAACAUGAGGACACGGGAACGUGGGAGUGUAAAUACGGACGAUCCGAGAAUAUAGAAAACGUGAUUAAAACCGUUGUGAUUGUGAUUCCACCAGACGAGGGUUUCCCGACGUGUGAUAUUUCAACCUCUCCAUCUACAAUACGUAUUGGAGAUCCAUUUCAACUAACGUGUACCUCUAGUGGGGGUUUUCCAGCACCUACUCUCGUUUGGCGACGAGACGGAGUCGAAUUAUCACGAAAAAGCGAUGGUGAUGUUCUUGUAUUGGAUCGCGUAGCAGAACAGUCUGAUUACAAUGUGCGAUAUUCAUGUGAAUUAGAGAGCUUAGCUUUGCCUACUUCACCGACGUGCACGCAGCAAGUCAUGGUUCUACCAACGGAGGCCCCGACAUCACGAGGGGCAACGCAAACUGUGAGUACGUUACGGACAAAACCAACAGUUUUUACCACAAAACAACCAAAUACAAUAACGCAGAAAUCAAACGUUCCUCCAGAACAACGCACCACAAUGACAAAUAGGCCGACAACAGCAAUUUAUGGGUCAGAAAAAAUUACACGACCCACUGUUACGUCAUCAGACUCUUCAAGCAGCAGUAACACUCCCAAUGAGUCUCACCUUCCGGUAACAAAUUCAAGAGAAAAUCGUAAUCAAAUAACAGAAAGCGUAAGUCAAGAGGUUUCGUCGUCUAAUAUGUUUGACGCACUAACGGCAUUUGGACUAUUGAGUGGUGUUUUUCUUAUAUUGCUAAUACUUAUGGCUGUCUCGUGGCGCAGGGGGCAUUCCAAGGCAAUUAAGAAAGAAGAAGAAAAGAUUACAGGUUCGACGGAAACGUUAACAGAAGAGAACCCUAACUGGGUCCGUCCCUACUCAACUAUAACCCUCAACAGCUCGGCAACAACAGAAAGUGUGUACGACAUCCCGCGAAUGCCAAGCGUGUUCCGUACUUCGUACAUAGACACAUCGACAGGACAAGUGGUUUCAAGUAUAGUAAUAGACGAUCCUAAUAAACUCUACAAACACGAAGAAGUAGAGCAUUAUUAUUCAAAUAUGCCUCUGUAUUCAAAAGUGAAAAAGUAAUUUAACGAUAAAAUUAAUAGGUUAUUUAUGGCUAGUUAAAUUAAGAAAUCACACAAAAGUCAACUUAUACACAAUUUUAAAUAUAUUGCGAGAGUAACUAAAUUGUACAGUUUAUUUAAAGCGACAUGUUUUACCUCCUUGAUUAAUUGGUUUAUUAAAGAAAGAAAAGGGGGUAUAAUCUAAUGCUACAGUCAGUUUCUCUUCCCAUAAUAAUAAACAAGAUCUGGCACUUUCUCGUUAGUAAGAUUCACUCGUAAGCCUACUAUUACUGACAUCAUAAUAGUACGCCUAACUAUUACUGACAUCAUUACUAGUAAAACAGGCGCCUCGCUUCCACGGUGCUAGAUUUGUGAUAUGAGUUACUGUAAAUAACAAACAUUGAAUGUAAACUCAUUAACGUCCGGACAAUGAUUAGAAACUGUCUAAGAUAAGUAUAGCUAAAUGAUUUUGAUAUAAUUAUGAAUAAUUAUCAUAGUGCCAAAUAUAAUAUAGUUUGAAAGGAGAAUGUACGGUAAGUUAUACAGUAAAGAUAGCAUUCAUUCACCUAAUGCUACACAUUACUUGCAACAUCAGCGAGGGAUUUCCUUCUCUGUUCAAUGCCAUAGAAUGUCAUUCUACUACUACCAGAGCAUAAGUACAAGAGGGAAAGUUCUUACACCUGAUGAAGCGAUUAUUUCACAGUUAAUUGUCCUUGAUUUAUGUACUUCAUUUAUGAACAUAGAAAUUCAAGUAUUAAGUAUACAAUUAUUAGAUAUGUUACUGUAAAUAAUUAUUUAUCAAUGUAUGAUGUAAAGAUUUUUCACUGUAUAUUUCAAAAUAAAGUUAGAAUCUUAUUGUAUUGAAGAAAA